AUGAUAAGCGCUUAUCGAUUUAAUUAUGAACAUUUGCCAAAAGAGGUAAAGCUUAAUUCUUUUAAUGCCGAGAGAGGCCUAAUUUAUAAUGAGAUCAUUCGCUUAUUAAAGGAUUUUGAAAUGAGGUAAUUAAACGUGUUUAUGUUAGUUCUUCUAAGCAUUGGUUUCCAAUAAUGAAUUUGCUGUAAAGAUUCAAAUAAAUUUACUCUUUUUUGAAUGAAGAAAGAUAGGAGCUUGCAGAGUUGAUUCUUUCAAGGUUAGGAGGAUUGAAAUCUUCUGUAGGACUUCAGAAUGGAUUUAGCCUUGUUUGCACCAUUAUUUAAAAUAAGCAAAAAUAUCUGUCUUUAAAAGUUGAUUGGAGAUAUUGGCAUUAAUAUUUAUAAGAUAAGUUUAUGACAAAUAAANUACUAUAAAAUAGUAAAUGUUUUGAAGAUAUUAAUUAUUUAAUAUUUAAAGUGAAUGAAUUGACAAGAUUAUAAACAGCCAUAAAAAUUGAUAGAGUGAUUUAGAAAUUGAUUUCAUAAAUCAAUUAAUAUAUUUCUAUAAUUGGGAAAACUAUAUUUCCAAAUAAGAUUGAUAUCUAAUAAAUUUUGGAUAACAAAAAUAUUAUAAGAAAAUAAGAUUUGUAUGGACAUCCAUUAAUGUUACAUGCUAGAUUGUAUAUGAAAGAAAAACUAUAUUUCUUAAAGAAAUAUGAAAAGGAUUUAGAAAUGGAUGUUUAUUAUGAAGACAUUUUAUUAGAUUUUAUUUAUACAAAUAAAAGAACAGGAAAUAAAGCAUUAAUUUGA